AUGGCUCGCUUCGGGGAGGCGGUGGCUGGCAGGCUGGGCUCCGGGGAUGGGGGCUCCGAGCAGAACCGCAGCCGGCAAGGAGCUGCUGCUCCGGCAGGAGGGUCUCCGGGAGCUUUCAAGCAAACCAAAGCGCAGCGAGCCCGGACUAUGGCUCUGUACAACCCCAUCCCUGUCCGGCAGAACUGCUUCACCGUCAACAGAUCAUUGUUCCUCUUUGGGGAAGAUAACAUAGUCAGGAAAUACGCCAAGAAGCUCAUCGACUGGCCUCCCUUUGAGUAUAUGAUCCUGGCAACCAUCAUUGCCAACUGCAUCGUGCUGGCCCUGGAGCAGCACCUCCCAGAGGACGACAAGACACCCAUGUCACGGAGACUGGAGAAAACGGAGCCAUACUUCAUUGGGAUUUUCUGCUUUGAGGCUGGGAUUAAGAUCGUGGCUCUGGGCUUUGUUUUCCACAAGGGCUCAUACCUGCGCAAUGGCUGGAACGUCAUGGACUUCAUCGUGGUCCUCAGUGGCAUCCUUGCCACCGCUGGAACACACUUCAACACGCACGUGGACCUGCGCACCCUGCGGGCUGUGCGUGUGCUCAGGCCUCUGAAGCUCGUCUCGGGCAUUCCCAGCCUUCAGAUUGUGCUGAAAUCCAUCAUGAAGGCCAUGGUGCCUCUCCUCCAGAUCGGCUUGCUGCUCUUUUUUGCUAUUCUCAUGUUUGCCAUCAUCGGCCUGGAGUUUUACAGUGGGAAACUGCACCGAGCCUGCUACACAAACAAUUCAGGUGAGCUGGAGGAGCUGGACCCUCCCCACCCCUGCGGGGUGCAGGGUUGUCCGCCGGGCUAUGAGUGCCGAGAGUGGAUCGGUCCCAAUGAUGGGAUCACGCAGUUCGACAACAUCCUCUUCGCUGUGCUGACCGUCUUCCAGUGCAUCACCAUGGAAGGGUGGACCACAGUUCUGUACAAUACCAAUGAUGCCUUAGGAGCCACCUGGAACUGGCUAUACUUCAUCCCCCUCAUCAUCAUUGGAUCCUUCUUUGUCCUCAACCUUGUCCUGGGAGUGCUGUCAGGGGAGUUUGCCAAAGAACGUGAGCGCGUGGAGAACCGCCGGGCCUUCAUGAAGCUGCGGCGACAGCAGCAGAUCGAGCGGGAGCUCAACGGCUACCGGGCCUGGAUAGACAAAGCGGAGGAAGUCAUGCUGGCUGAAGAGAACAAAAACGCUGGGACCUCAGCCUUAGAAGUGCUCAGGCGAGCCACCAUCAAGAGGAACCGGACAGAUGCCAUGAACCGUGACUCCAGCGAUGAGCACUGCGUCGAUAUCUCCUCCGUGGGUAACCCUCUGAGUCGCUCUGGUCUCAAAGGAGUGGAUGGAGCCUCUUAUUUACGGCACAAGGAGCGGCUCCUGCGUAUCUCCGUUCGCCACAUGGUGAAAUCCCAGGUCUUCUACUGGAUUGUCUUGAGCCUGGUGGCUCUUAACACUGCCUGUGUGGCCAUCGUCCAUCAUAACCAGCCGGCCUGGCUCACACACUUCCUCUACUAUGCAGAGUUCCUGUUUCUUGGGCUCUUUCUCCUGGAGAUGUCCUUGAAGAUGUAUGGGAUGGGGCCACGCCUGUACUUCCAUUCUUCAUUCAACUGCUUUGACUGUGGGGUCACAGUGGGAAGCAUCUUUGAAGUGGUUUGGGCCAUCUUCCGACCGGGGACCUCUUUUGGGAUCAGUGUCCUACGAGCCCUUCGUCUCCUGCGAAUAUUUAAAAUAACCAAGUACUGGGCAUCCUUGAGGAAUUUGGUGGUCUCACUGAUGAGCUCCAUGAAGUCUAUCAUCAGCCUGCUCUUCUUGCUCUUCCUCUUUAUUGUAGUCUUUGCCCUGCUGGGAAUGCAGCUGUUUGGAGGGGGGUUUAAUUUCAUCGAUGGGACACCAUCAGCCAACUUUGACACUUUCCCUGCGGCCAUCAUGACGGUGUUCCAGAUCUUGACGGGUGAAGAUUGGAACGAGGUGAUGUACAACGGCAUCCGCUCCCAGGGAGGCGUUCGCUCGGGCAUGUGGUCCUCCAUCUAUUUCAUCGUCCUCACCUUGUUUGGGAACUAUACUCUGCUGAAUGUCUUCUUGGCCAUUGCAGUGGACAACCUGGCUAAUGCUCAGGAGCUCACCAAGGAUGAGCAGGAGGAAGAGGAGGCCUUUAACCAGAAGCAUGCCCUUCAGAAAGCCAAGGAAGUCAGCCCCAUGUCUGCCCCCAAUAUGCCUGCUAUUGAAAGAGACAGGCGCAGGAGACACCACAUGUCGAUGUGGGAGCCACGCAGCAGCCACCUGCGGGAGCGGCGCCGGAGGCACCACAUGUCGGUGUGGGAGCAGCGCACCAGCCAGUUGCGCCGGCACAUGCAGAUGUCUAGCCAGGAGGGCAUCAAUAAGGAUGAGCCACCCCUCAUCAACCCACAUGCCAGCAUCUUCCGCCGCAAGAAACCAGGGGACGGCGUUGCCUUGGAGAAGUGCGAUGAGGAGCAAGGUGGCAAGGGAGAGCGGCCGCCAGCUGAGGGUCCCGAGCAGCCGGCCCCGGGAACCAACCCAGGAGGUGGGGAGGACAGGAGGAGCCCAUCGCCCCGUGCCAGGAGGGACAAGGAGAUGUGGCAACACAAAACGUGCCAUGGGAACUGCGAGCCGGGUGAGGAAGGGGCAGGAGGUGGCAUUGAGGAGAGGGCGCGGAUGAGGCAAAGCCAGCGGCGCAGCCGGCAUCGAAAAGCCAGGAUGGAGGGGAAGGAGCCGACUGGAGCCCUGGAGAGCCGAGCAGGUAGCCAGGAGAUGGGGCUGGAGGAGCCCUGCCCCGCAGAGGGGAUGCAGGAUGGGGAGCGGCGUGGGGAUGCUGCCGCAGCACUGGACCUGAUUCAGGGCGAGCCGGAUGCGACUGGGGACCCCACCAGGUUGGUCGCUGGGGGACAUUUUGCAGUCCUUGUGACUCCUUCCCCUGAGCCCCCUCGGGGGAUGGAGGGCAGCCUGGGCGAGCAGGACUGCAGCAGCCCAGACACCAGUGAGCAGGCCCUGCUUGGGGGGGCAGCACUGGGGGCCAGCCGCACUGUCAGCCACAGCGAGCCUGACCUGUCCUCCGUCACCGCCAACACCGAAAAGGCCACUGAGAGCACCACCAUCAUGAUUGAUGUCCAAGACUCCACUGUGGUACAGAUUAGCAACAAGACCGAUGGAGAAGCCAGCCCCUUGAAGGAGGCUGAGAGCAAAGAGGAUGAGGAGGAGAUGGAGAAGAAGAAGCGAAAGAAGGAGAAGAGUGAGACAGGCAAAGCGAUGGUGCCACACAGCUCCAUGUUCAUCUUCAGCACCACAAACCCGGUGCGCAGAGCCUGCCACUACAUCGUGAACCUGCGCUACUUCGAGAUGUGCAUCCUGCUGGUCAUCGCCGCCAGCAGCAUCGCCCUCGCGGCUGAGGAUCCCGUCCUCACCAACUCCGACCGUAACAAAGUGCUGAGGUAUUUUGACUAUGUUUUCACUGGUGUGUUCACCUUCGAGAUGGUUAUCAAGAUGAUCGAUCAGGGCUUGAUCCUGCAGGAUGGCUCCUACUUCCGAGAUCUCUGGAACAUCUUAGAUUUCAUCGUGGUGGUGGGAGCUCUGGUGGCCUUCGCCUUGGCGAAUGCUUUGGGGACCAACAAGGGUCGGGAUAUCAAGACCAUCAAGUCUCUCCGUGUGCUGCGGGUCUUGAGGCCCCUGAAAACCAUCAAGCGGCUGCCGAAGCUCAAGGCUGUCUUCGACUGCGUUGUGACAUCCCUCAAGAACGUUUUCAACAUCCUCAUUGUCUACAAGCUCUUCAUGUUCAUCUUUGCUGUCAUUGCUGUCCAGCUCUUCAAGGGGAAGUUUUUCUACUGCACGGACAGCUCUAAGGACACAGAGAAGGACUGCAUAGGGAACUAUGUGGACCAUGAGAAGAACAAGAUGGAGGUGAAGUGCCGGGAGUGGAAACGACAUGAGUUUCACUAUGACAAUAUAAUCUGGGCGUUGCUCACCUUGUUCACAGUCUCCACUGGCGAGGGCUGGCCCCAGGUGCUGCAGCAUUCGGUGGACGUGACGGAGGAGGACCGUGGGCCCAGCCGCAGUAACCGCAUGGAGAUGUCCAUUUUUUACGUUGUCUAUUUUGUGGUCUUCCCUUUCUUCUUCGUCAACAUUUUUGUGGCUCUCAUCAUCAUCACAUUCCAAGAGCAAGGAGACAAAAUGAUGGAGGAGUGCAGUCUGGAGAAGAAUGAGAGGGCCUGUAUUGACUUUGCCAUCAGUGCCAAGCCCCUCACACGCUACAUGCCCCAGAACCGGCACACCUUCCAGUACCGGGUCUGGCACUUUGUGGUCUCCCCAUCCUUUGAGUAUACCAUCAUGGCCAUGAUUGCUUUGAACACUGUGGUGCUGAUGAUGAAGUACUACUCUGCUCCAUACACCUAUGAGCUGGCCCUGAAGUACCUGAACAUCGCUUUCACCAUGGUGUUCUCUUUGGAGUGCGUCCUUAAGAUCAUUGCUUUUGGCUUUCUGAAUUAUUUCCGGGACACCUGGAAUAUCUUUGAUUUCAUCACUGUCAUUGGCAGCAUCACAGAGAUCAUCCUGACGGACACCAAGCUGGUGAACACCAGCAGCUUCAACAUGAGUUUCCUGAAGCUCUUCCGGGCGGCUCGGCUCAUCAAGCUGCUGCGCCAGGGUUACACCAUCCGCAUCCUGCUGUGGACAUUUGUGCAGUCCUUCAAGGCUCUGCCCUAUGUCUGCCUCCUAAUCGCGAUGCUUUUCUUCAUCUAUGCCAUCAUUGGGAUGCAGGUUUUUGGCAACAUCAAACUAGAUGAGGAAAGCCACAUCAACCGGCACAACAACUUCCGCAGCUUCCUGGGCUCCCUCAUGCUCCUCUUCAGGAGUGCCACCGGUGAGGCAUGGCAGGAGAUCAUGCUCUCCUGCCUGGAAGGCAAGGGCUGUGAGCCAGACACGACGGCGACAUCCGGGCAGAAUGAGAACGAGCGCUGUGGCACCGACUUGGCCUACGUCUAUUUUGUCUCCUUCAUCUUCUUCUGCUCGUUCCUGAUGCUCAACCUGUUUGUGGCAGUCAUCAUGGACAAUUUUGAGUACCUGACACGAGAUUCCUCCAUCCUGGGACCUCACCAUCUAGAUGAAUUUGUCCGGAUCUGGGCAGAGUAUGACAGAGCAGCGUGUGGCCGAAUCCAUUACACUGAGAUGUAUGAAAUGCUGACUCUUAUGUCACCACCGCUAGGCCUCGGCAAGAGAUGUCCUUCCAAAGUGGCCUAUAAGAGACUGGUGCUGAUGAACAUGCCCGUGGCUGAGGACAUGACCGUCCAUUUCACCUCCACCCUGAUGGCGUUGAUACGCACCGCCCUGGACAUCAAAAUUGCCAAAGGUGGUGCAGAUUGGCAGCAGUUAGACUCUGAGCUUCAAAAGGAGAUCCUGACCAUUUGGCCUCACCUGUCCCAGAAGAUGCUCGACCUGUUGGUACCCAUGCCAAAAACCUCUGACCUGACUGUUGGCAAAAUAUAUGCAGCCAUGAUGAUUAUGGAUUACUACAAGCAGAGCAAGGCGAAGAAACAGAGGCAGCAGCUGGAGGAGCAGAAAAACGCACCCAUGUUCCAGCGCAUGGAGCCAUCCUCUUUGCCACAGGAAAUCAUCUCCAAUGCAAAGGCUCUGCCUUACCUCCAGCAGGACACUCUCACAGGGCUGAGCAGCCGGAGCGGGUUCCCCUCGCUGAGCCCACUCUCACCACAGGAGAUCUUCCAGCUGGCGUGCAUGGAUCCAGCCCAGGGGCAGUUCCAGGAGCACCAGUCUCUGGAGCCAGAGGUUAGGGAGUUUCAAAGAGUGCAGCCCUCUAACCGUGGCAGCUACCUUCCCGUGGACACUCAGGACCAUGUUGUCUCUGGGAGGGCCUCCUCCAUGCCUCGUCUCACUGUGGAUCCCCAGGUGGUGACGGACACCAGCUCGAUGCGGCGGUCGUUUUCCACCAUCCGGGACAAACGCACCAACACCUCCUGGCUGGAUGAGUUCUCCAUGGAGCGCAGCAGCGACAACACCUACAAGUCCCGCCGGCGCAGCUACCACUCCUCGCUCCAGCUCUCUGCCCGUCGCCUCAACGCUGACUCAGGCCACAGGUCCGAGGGGCACCGCUCGGGUGGCAGGGAGCGGGGCCGAUCCAAAGAGCGCAAGCACUUGCUGUCCCCUGACAUCUCCCGCUGCAACUCAGAGGAGAGGAGUCCCCAGGCACACGAUGAGUCUCCAGAGCGGCGGCGCGAGUCCCGGUCCCCCAGCGAGGGCAGGUCACAAACGCCCAACAGGCAGGGAACGGGCUCCCUGAGUGAAAGCUCCAUCCCCUCCAUCUCGGACACCAGCACACCCCGGCGAGGCCGCCGCCAGCUCCCACCGGUGCCCCCAAAACCACGUCCCCUCCUCUCCUACGCCUCCAUGCUGCGGCACGCCGCCGGAGACGCCUCACCACCUCCCGACGAGACCGAAGGGGGGUCCCCGCUCCUCUCCAAGGAGCCCAACGCCGCCGGCCUGACCGAGUCUUCCAGCUCCCCAGCGGGGAAGCCGAGCCGGCCAUCCACCCCGCAGCGUUACAUCUCGGAGCCCUACCUGGCCCUGCACGACGACUCGCACGCCUCGGACUGCGGCGAGGAGGAGACGCUCACCUUCGAGGCGGCCGUGGCCACCAGCCUGGGUCGUUCCAACACCAUUGGCUCAGCCCCACCGCUGCGGCACAGCUGGCAGAUGCCCAACGGGCACUACCGGAGGCGGAGGCGAGGGGCUGGGCAGGGUGUGAUGUGCGGGGCCAGCAUAGAUGUGCUCAGCGACACCGAGGAAGAUGACAAGUGCUAGAGGCUGUGUCCCCAUCGCUGCCGCCCCGCCGCCCUGCCCUCUCCAAUGCAUGCUCUUCGCCACGCCUGGGAAUGAAAUGAAACCAAAACCAAA